UGAGCGACUGUGACGAGGGAGUCCGGAAAAUGAAGCAAAUCGAGGAGCUGGUCUGCCUGGAAAUGCUGCUGGAUUUUGGCAAAGUGAAGUUGGUCCCUCUGGUGGUUAGCGGGCGUUUCCUGGUGCAGCAGGGCGCCGUCAGACAGCUGACGGUGUCCGCCUACAACUCCAGAGUUUCCUUCAUCAACGUCUACCUCCACCUCUUCAGUGACCUUCUGAUCAUCUCCUCAAAAAAGGGCCAGAGGUUUACAGUUAUGGAUUAUGCCAAAUUCCCCAAACACGUGCACAUAGAGCAGCUGAAUGUAAUGACUAAACUCCUGGGCCUCCCGCCAGACUGCUUCCUGCUGCAUCUCUCUCAGAGUCACACCGAUAAACCCACCGCCAUGAUACUUGUUGCAAACACAAGGUCAGAUAAAGAGAAGUGGAUGAAGGCUCUGUCCUCUAACCAGUGAUGGAAACAUCAUUCUGUGAUUUCUGGUUUUAUACAUCGAACUAUAGGGCCUUGGUUUUAACUUAAUAUUACUUAUAUUUAAACUUUGAUGAUUGAAAGAAUACGAUAACUUCAUUCCUUAACCGCACUUAAUACUGUUGAAGCACUCUAGAGCACAAUGUACACUACUGGUCAAAAGUUUUAGAACACACCAACUUUUCCAGAAUUUAAUUGAAAAUGAUGCAGUUUAAUGUCUCAGUGUACUCUGAAAUUAAUGCACAUUUGCAACAUUUAAAAUUCUUUAUUGAGCAUGAUAGUGUUUUUGAAAGUAAAAAAAAAGAUUCAAAAUCACAUUUUAUGUUGGACUAAAGGACUAAA